AGGAGUACAGCCUCAGCAGCCCUGGAGCAGCCGAGGAGCUGCUCUGUUUGCGCUUCUUUUCUUGUAAAACAGAUGGAAUAAUGUUUGCUUAAAAUAACUUUUGUCUGUUUUUUUUUUCAGCGCUGGAAGGAGAAAAGCUCAUAUAGAGUUUCUCGGGUUUUUUGGACUGUGGUUAGGUGCUGAUUUGAUAACCUUAAGACAUCCCGCGUUAAGUCUUACCUGGACAUUAUGAAGAGGUAUCCAGGCUUUUUUCAUUCUUGGGAGAGGGUGUCUUCUUGCUGAACUCUUGUUGCCUAAUCGCGGAUUUUUUAAAUUCGCUCAUAUUUUAGUGGCUCUCCAUAAACUGUAACUCGAUCUGACCCUUUUACGCGGUAGUUUUAAAAACUUUGCAUGCCCAAAAUGGACCGUGGGGGAUUUGCUGUUUUAAUGGUUUUGACUGUUGCACUCAUGCGAGUUGGCAUCGCUCACAAGAACACAACAGGUGGAAGGAAAGAGUUUGCAGAGGCAGACCGGACGGUCUGGGACCAGCAGCAGUCCCGGGUGAGGAGUCAAGGUCACUUGCCAAAGGGACCAGAGGACGGUGCAUCCUCCAAAACAACCGGUGAAACCUCUCCCGGGACGAGCCAAUCUAGGACUCUGGUCCGCAUGCCCAGAGGCGCUUCAUCCCAGGUGGAUGGCAGGCACAUAUCCAGAGCAGGACCGGCUCAUGCUGCAGGCGUCUCCCGGGAAGACCAUACCUCUGCGCAGAGGGAUGGUGCGCAACGCACCGCCAGACAAGCAGCCAGCCCGCAGCACAGAACCAGAGUGAACCGCAGGCAGAGCAGCAAGCCCAGCUCUGCCAGCACAAGGAGACUUUCUGGGCCAAAUGUCUGUGGAGGUCAGCAGUGUUGCUCUGGCUGGGCUUUGGCUCCAGGAACCAAUCGCUGCAUAAAACCUGACUGCCAGCCCCCCUGCCAGAACCGUGGCUCCUGCAGCCGACCACAUACCUGUGUAUGCCGUUCAGGCUUCCAGGGGCCCCGCUGUGAGGAGGUGGCUCCAGAGCAGGUGUACAUCCGCGACGGAGGCGCCCUCAGGCGCAUUCAACCCGGCACCAACCCUUUCCAGAAACCACGGAGAAGACCCUCAGAAAGACAGGUCAUCGAUACCAUCAAGGUCCAGACCCCACGACCUGCGACCACCAGACAGCCUGUCCACACUGUGACCCAAGUGAGACGGGGACCCCCUGACUCCUCCCCUCAGCAGACUGGGACCUCCCGCACUGUGAAACGUUAUCCGUCAUCCUCUGGGCCUAUCACCUCCAACGCCCUACCUGGUGGCAAUGGCUACGCUAAUGGCCAGAACAGUGAACACAGGACCUGGCAUGGACACAGAAACGGACAAAGCAAUGUGCACUCCUUUAACACUCACAGGCCUGCCAGCGACAGCCAGCUACAUGGACAAUUCAACAAUGCACUAUUGCCAGCAGGGGCCAACCUCACCUCCAACCUGGACCGCAUUAAGAUCGUCUUCACUCCUAUGCUGUGCCGGAGGGUGUGCAGCGGUGGGCAUUGCUACAACAGCUGUGAGAAGGGAGACAUCACCACCGUCUACAGUGAGAACUCACAGCAGCAGCAGCAGCAACAACCAAAGAACCAGGGCUUCAGACUUUUCUUCUGUCAGAUCCCCUGUCUCAAUGGAGGCCGAUGCAUCGGCAGGGACUUGUGCUGGUGUCCGUCAAACUCAACGGGGAAAUUUUGCCACCUGCCAGCCCCGGCUCCUUCCAGACCCACCCUUCACAGCCACAAGGAUGCCAGCCACCAGGGACCAAAAUCUCCCUCCCACUCCAUGUACACCCUGCCACUGUCCAAUCAGCAAGUGUCUCUCCACCCAUCCUUGGUGAAUGUCCAUAUACAGCACCCUCCAGAGGCAGAGGUUCAGAUCCACCAAGUAGCUCGAGUCCAGCCUGGACAGAGACCGGCCACCACAGAGGGUGCUCACUCUGUCCAGCAGCGCUCCCAGCCUGGGAAUGGACAUGAACCCACCAGUGAGCAUAGCAGCAGGAACUCAUACACCAAUGGGAAUGGCAAUGGCCACCCCAGACCACACAACCGUCAGAACGGACAUGUGGGAAGAUGCUUUCAGGAAACAGUCGAUGGACAGUGUGGCAAGCCUCUGCCAGGCCUAACCAAACAGGAUGAUUGCUGUGGAAGCGUAGGCGCCUCCUGGGGUCUAAACAAGUGCCAAAAGUGUCCAACCAAACCAGCAUUUGCAGUUAUUGCAAAUGGACAAGUGGAAUGUUCCAAAGGCUUUAAAAGGAUGAAUCUCACCCACUGUCAAGACAUCAAUGAAUGCCUGCUGCCUGGGAUCUGUAAGAAUGCUGAUUGUCUCAACACCAAGGGAAGCUACAGGUGCACGUGCAAACCAGGCUACAUGUUAGACGCUGCCAGGAGUCACUGUGUCUCGGACAAGGCUGUUUCUGACCAGAGGGCAUUGUGCUACCGAUCGGUGUCAGCCGGCACAUGCUCUCUGCCGCUUGCUCAACACAUCACCAAGCAGAUCUGUUGCUGCAGCAGAGUGGGCAAGGCCUGGGGCAUUGGGUGUGAUCGCUGCCCUUUGCCAGGAUCAGACCAUUUCAAGGAGAUCUGCCCAGCUGGUCACGGAUAUACCUACUCACGCUCUGAUGUGCAGAUAUCCCUCAGACAGCUGGAAGAAGAUGACCUGCAGAGCACAGGAGUAUCAUGGGAGGAGCAGAGCCCCACUUAUCCUCAGCUUCCAUCCUCCCAGCCUUCACUGCCAGUGCCCAGCAGGCCACAAUUCCCCAUCUACCCACUGACACCACAAGUGCCCCAGUACCCUCUGACUCCGCAGCAGCCUCUCCAUCCCUCUCACGCAGGCAGAGAGACACCUAAACAGCCGGAAGAUGUGGAAAUUCUGAGCCGGCCAGCUGUUGUGACUGACUCACCACUGAAACAUCCAGAGACUUCUCCAGACUCCUCCAUCAUCACCCUGAGGCCAGAUUCAAAGGACACGAUCCAAACAGACUCAGUCACAGGCACUGACAAGUGUGUCACCACCCCCAACAUAUGUGGUCGUGGGAGAUGUAUUCCUGUGCAGACUGGGUACACCUGCCAGUGUGAGCCGGGAUUCAAGCUCAGUGCGCUGCAGACCAACUGCAUUGAUGUGAAUGAGUGUGACGAGGACCCAUGUGAAGGCAAGGGCCGCUGCAUAAACAGCUAUGGCUCCUACACGUGUCAGUGCCACAGUGGCUACAGCCAGGUGAUCACCCAGAACAGGAAGUUCUGUCAAGACAUUAAUGAGUGCAGCAUGCCCAGCAAGUGCCAGAAUGGCAAAUGCGUCAACACAGAAGGAUCUUACACCUGUGAAUGCAACAGUGGCUACGCCAAGUCUUGGAGAGGCCUGUGCGAAGAUGUAGACGAGUGCAGAGAUCCCAGCUCCUGUCCCAGCGGUGUCUGCGUCAACACUCUCGGCUCCUUCCAGUGCCAGGCCUGUGGCCCGGGCUUCAGGCCUGUCAGUGAAAGAUGUGUGGAUGUAAAUGAGUGCUUGAACCAAACGGUGUGUGGAAGCGGUAGGUGUGUCAACACUGAGGGCUCCUAUAGGUGCAACUGUUUCCAAGGCUACAAACUCUCACCAGACAACAUUUGCCAAGAUGUGGACGAGUGUGUGCUCCCAGGAGUCUGUCUUAACGGCCGCUGUGUCAAUCUGGACGGCACCCACAAAUGCACCUGUAACCAUGGUUACCAAGUCACCUCAGACAGCAAAGCUUGUGAAGAUGUCAAUGAGUGCGCAACUGGUAAUCCGUGCCCUGCGGGAAUUUGCAUCAACACAGCAGGUUCCUACACUUGCCAGGAUUGCAGGCCUGGGUUUGGACCAUCUGUUGAUGGACUGAGAUGUGAAGAUGUGAAUGAGUGUGCCCAGGGUGACUUGUGUUUGGGUGGGGUGUGUGCCAACACGGAGGGAUCCUACACCUGCACCAGGUGUAAGGCUGGCUACAGAGUGUCUCAAGACCGGCAGAGGUGUGAAGAUAUUGACGAGUGCCAGUCCCUGUCUACCUGUGCCAAUGGGAUCUGUCUAAACUCGGAGGGCUCGUACACCUGUGAGAACUGCCCUACAGGAUACACAGUGUCAUAUGACGGGGAGCUCUGUGAAGAUAUUGAUGAGUGUGCGCUGCCCACUACAUGCCCCCAGGGAACAUGUACAAACACAGAGGGUUCCUUCACAUGUAUCGUCUGUCAGCCCGGUUUCAGAGUCUCUGAGGAUGGACAGCAGUGCGAUGAUGUGGAUGAGUGCUUGGUGGCUAACGUAUGCCCGGGCCAGCUGUGCUUGAACACCCCAGGAUCUUACACCUGCAGGAGCUGUGGAGUUGGCCUGCAACUAAGCGAGGACGGUUACAGCUGUGAGGACAUCGAUGAGUGCCAGACCCCAGGUGUGUGCCCCACGGGUGUUUGCACCAACACAGAAGGCUCCUUCUCCUGCAUGGCCUGUGACCCAGGCUUUACAGUGGCACCCAGCGGGCUCUCAUGUGAAGAUGUGAAUGAAUGUGAGGACACCAGUCUGUGUUUUGGAGGUCAGUGCACCAACACUGUCGGUUCCUUCAGCUGUUCCUGCCCUGCUGGUCUGGAGCUGGUGGAUGGGACUUCCUGCCGAGAUAUCAAUGAGUGUUUAACCAUUGUGGGGAUCUGUGGAGAAGGAGACUGUGUGAACACACAGGGCUCCUACUCAUGCAUCUGUCCUGAUGGAUAUACCACCAUCGAUGGAAGGCCCGGCUGCCAAGACGUGGAUGAAUGCAGUAAGGACAAUGUGUGUAUUCGGGGCCAGUGUCUGAACACUGAUGGCUCUUUCUUGUGCUUGUGUGAAGCUGGUUUCAAGUUCAACGCCAACACAGCUGACUGUGAAGACCAGGAUGAGUGCAAGGAGUUUGGCAGCUCAGUGUGUGGUACCUGGCGCUGCGAGAACACCAUCGGCUCCUACCGGUGCUUCAUGGGCUGCCAGCCUGGUGUCGAGGGAGGAGACACCAAAGACUGUGAUAUUGAUGAGUGCAUCAAUGAAACCAUCUGUGGGAACCUCGGCUUCUGCGAGAACACAGAUGGCUCUUUCCGCUGCCAGUGUCACCAGGGCUACACCAACCCGCCUGGAGAUAUGAGCAGAUGUAUCGACAUCAACGAGUGCGAGAUGAGCUUGGCGCUGUGCGGGGAGGCCCUGUGUGAGAACGUCGAUGGCAGCUUCCUGUGCAUCUGCCCCAACGACAAUGAGGAAUUUGAUCCCAUCACCAGCCAGUGCCGCUCCCUGGAUACUGACCUGAAAUACCCUGCUGAAGUCCCUCCAUCUGCUUCCACAGCUGAGGAGAGGAAGGAGUGUUACUAUAACUUGAAUGAUGCCAACUUCUGUGACAACGUUUUGUCUCGCAACGUCACCAAGCAGGAGUGCUGCUGCACAGUGGGGGCCGGCUGGGGGGACAAUUGCGAGAUCCACGCCUGUCCUGUCCCAGGAAGAGAUGACUUUAAACAGUUGUGCCCUCAUGGCAGUGGAUUGUUAUCCCUGCCUGUUUCCUCUCACAAGCUCGCACAAGCUCUGGGAGAACAGCUCGAUUACAUAGAUGCAAAUGAGUGUGAGAUAUUUGGAUCAGAUGUUUGUAAGAAUGGACAGUGUUCAAAUCUCUUUGCUACCUAUACGUGCUACUGUCGCUCUGGCUUCUACUAUGACAACAUCCGACUUGAGUGCGUGGAUUAUGAUGAGUGUGAAUCUGGAAAUUCCUGUGAGGAUGGAGUGUGUGUGAACACAGCCGGGUCUUUUAACUGUUUCUGUAGUCCUCCGUUAGUCUUGGACAGCACACGGCGGCGCUGCAUUAGCCUCAACACAACAGAAGAAACUCUAGAACCUUAUCAAGAUGUGCACAUGGAUAUUUGCUGGCAGCGUCUGGAGGGGGACAACAUGUGUUCGGAUCCCCUCCCAGGACCCAGAACUACAUACACUGAGUGUUGCUGCCUGUACGGCAUCGCCUGGAGUGGACAGUGUGCCUUCUGUCCCAGGAGAGACUCUUAUGACUAUGCAGUCAUGUGCAACCUGCCUCGGACAGGCGAUUCAGACAGUCUGCGAGAGCGGCAAGGAUACGAGUACGGUCUUGAGGGGCCAGAAGAUCCCGCGGAGCCUUUUGUUCCUCCGUACUGGGACAGUUAUGGCAGCCCUGCAGGAACCUAUGACAUUCCUGAAAGCGUUCCUCUCUUUAAUGACAACGACUACAGCGUUCAACAGCCACCUGCCCGUGUCCCCAUCCCACGACCACGGGAGCAGCAGCCGCGACCUGUGGACUCUAAUACUGAGCGCUACGAUGGCUUUGAGGGUCUCCAGGCAGAGGAGUGUGGAAUCCUGAAUGGGUGUGAAAACGGCCGUUGUGUUCGUGUGCGAGAAGGCUACACCUGCGACUGCUUCGACGGUUACGAACUUGACCUCAACAAGAUGGCUUGUAUAGACAUAAAUGAGUGUGAGGACAUCAGCGACAAGGUGCCCUUAUGUCAGAACGGGCAGUGCACCAACACAGAGGGAUCAUACAAGUGCACCUGUUUGCCGGGCUUUGUGGCCUCCGCCCAACCGCACAAAUGCAUCCCAGCAAUCCCGGAGUCUGGGUUUAGGGAGACAGGAAACUGAGACAGUGACUGUUGGUGCUCUGGCUUCUUCUGCUCCCUCAGUGAUCGCCUUACAUAACCUUCUGCCCUUUUCCCCGAGGGCCCGGCACUAAACCUCCAACAGUAACGCUGAAACGUCCAAACUCGUUUGCCUACAUAUGAUGCAAAUACAUACAUAUUAAAGCACACACACACACAGAUACUUGCCUUCCGCACAAAACAUAUUCAUAUCCCCCUCAAACACAUUCAAGAGGACCAAGAAUACAGUGCAGUGAAUGUAUUACAUGGGAUUUAGUAUUUACCAGAUAUCCAUUUGCCUUAAAGGGAUUUUGUGGACUGAUGUUUUUUUAUUCAGUAACCCCAGGCAAUUUGAUAUACAGAUAUAUUUUCCACAUUAUUUUCUCUGUCACUUCUUUUUUUUUUUGUUGUGUUAUUUAUUUCAUCUACAUGACUGGCCUCUGCAAACUUAGAAAGCAACCUAUUUCAGAGGGCAUACUCAGUUCCUUUUGUUUUAUUUGUCUCACCAAUUGAUUCAGAGACAAUGUGGGGAGAUAAGAAUUGUGUAAAAGAAGGAAUGUCAUAACAAAUCAGCCACUCAUAAAAGAGCUUGUGCAUCACUGUCAAACCUCUUACCAAUACUGUCUCACUCAGUCAUAAUAAUUAGCUUUGGCCUUGGACUAAGCGGAUGCCAAGGUUGGCAGACAUCACAAAUUCGAAAGAAAGAACUUAUCCCACAGCUGUCUUUCUAUACUUCAAGAUUAACUACAAGCUGAAGUUGAAGAAUCUCUGGACCAAGAACUGGGAAGUCAGCACAGCCAAACUUUCUCAUGAAAAGCAUCAGUCUUUACAUGGACAUGGAAGGACUGUAGAUGUAUAUGAUGAUCUAUGUAAUGUUUUGAAAAAGGUGCAAUAGGUAUAACCUGCCUUCCUCUGUUUGACACCAUUUUCACAAUCUUAAUAUAAAGCAAUGAAGUAGGAAAACAUGGACUCAGUUGCUGAUCCCAAUUCUUCUUUCUUCUUUUUAACAGUGUUAACGUGUUUUAUACUUUUGCACCAUGACUUAUCAAAGUUAUGAUUCUAGGCUACAUUCUAGCCUAACGUCUGAAACUAUGAGAAGAUACGUAAGUUGAAAUUAUCCACAAAUAUCACUGCUUACACUUCAAGAUUGGUUUUAGGCUCCAGUGUCACACGGGCAAAAGGAUUUCUCAUUCAACUGCAAUGCAAUUGGAUCACAUAUCUGUCCAUUCCCAUGUAUGCAUCUCUGAAUGCAUGUAAAGACAAAGGCUUCGUUGGAGAGGUUUGGUUUAUUUUGUACAGAUCUAGUACUAUGUAUUAUUUUUGUUACAUAUUCUCUUAAUGCAUUAUAGCACAACCAAUAUUUUGUUUGACAUAAAACAUAAAGUGUAAGAAAAAUCUGGCAUUAUAGCUUUGUAGAUUUAUACAUGUCUGUAUAAAUGUUUUUUUUAAAGCAUAUCUUUUUAUGUAUGAGGAGAGUGGCUGACACUGUACCAGAGGAACUGUGUGCGUAUACCCUGCCCUGUGGAGCAGACAAUGAAAUAUAUUUUUUGGAAGUGGCAGCACUGUUCUAAUCACAGACACUUUGUCUCUUCAAGUUCAUUACAAAGACAAUGCUUUUGAAAUGCAAGCACCUGCUUAUGUGCGUCACAACUUUAUGGCUAAGUAUUAUUUCUUUUAGUCUCUGUUGAAUCCUUUGGUCAUGAAUGUAUCAAGGACAGUAUCAGCCUAUUCAUUUGGUUUCUGAUUUCCCUGUCAUACCUUUUUGUCUUACAUAUUCAGGUUUUAAGGAAAUAUGGCAUUAUUUGUCUAAAGAACUGAACUUCUCUCAAGGAAGCUCAGCAGCAAUAUAAAAGUCAAAUUCUAACUUUGGAGGAUGACUAAAGUUGAUGAAUUAUGCCCUUAACCUGCAUUCGUAAACCUACAGUCGUACAAAUGCUUCCACUUCCACGUCCACCGCACUGUUCAAAUCAUCGUCUGAACCGAUCCAGAAUUCUAAGACUUAGGACAGAGUUGGACUAUUUAAAGCCUUUUGAAAACCACAAAUAACUUGAGAUAAAUGUCUUGUUGUAAAGCUGAGGUCAUUGGAAAUAUCAUGCUCAUUCAUUUUGUUUACCUCUUGACUGUAAUCACUAUCAGUC